AUGGCACCGAAUCUAAGUGACCUCCCAAAAGACUACUAUGUCAAAGCAAUGCAAUUCACAAAACGUGCGCAUCAAGAUGCGUAUCCAGCGAUUGAUCCAAGUCUGCCAGAACACAGCUUAGCAGGCAAAGUCGUCAUCAUCACUGGAGCUUCACGCGGAAUCGGGGCUACGGCAAUGGUGCCAGCAUUCAUCAAAGCCGGAGUCAAAGGCAUGGUCCUCCUCGCAUCCAACGCCGCCAAACUAUCCACCGUCGAAGCCUCUGUAAAAGAAGCCAAUCCCGCAAUCGAAACACUAACCUGCGCCGCCGACAUCUCCAACUCGCAAGCGGUAGAAAAAGCCUUUGAAAGCAUCAAGCAGCGCUUCGGCCACGCAGACAUCCUCAUCAACGCCGCAGGCGUCCUAACCGGCGACGGACCCAAACUCCACGAGACAAACGUCGACGAAUGGUGGAAGAACUUUGAAGUAAACGCAAAAGGCACAUACCUCCUAACCCGCUCCUUCCUCUCUCUCCUCCCCACCCCCUCCUCGUCCACCCCAGCCACAAUCCUCAACCUCAGCUCCUGGCAAUCCUUCUUCACCGUGCCCGCCGUGGGUGGCUACCUCAUGAGUAAAUUCGCCGUCGACGCCCUCGCCGUGUACGUCGCCGCAGAGUAUCCCUCCGUAACCGCCAUUUCCAUGCAUCCAGGCUUGGUAGCUACGGAUAUGCUCCGCGAGCCGUUUGGCUCGCUGUUUAACAAUGAUAGUGCUGAGUUGGUGGGGGGCACGGCCGUGUGGGUUUGUCAGGAGAAGGCGAGGUGGUUGAGUGGGAGGUUUGUGAGUGUGAAUUGGGAUGUAGAGGAUUUGCUGGAGAGGAAAGGCGAGGUUUUGGAGGGGGGUUUGUUGAGGUUGGGGGUAAGGGGCGAGUUUGGGAUGUAA